UGUGACGUCACGGCGACAAGCGGCUGUCAGGCGGGAGCGUAGUUGACAUUCAGGACACGGAGCUCCACACUUCAAAGCCGCGCCACACACACACAAACCUCGCCGGGAACGAAAACAAAACAAAACAAAAAAACACCCAUGGCUUCGACGAGCGUGGUGGGCCAGCACAGGCUGGACCCGGAGCCGCUCCUCCGGGUCUUCAAACCGGCCGGCGGCAGGAAGAAAAUCACCCUGCCGCGGAAGUCUUCGUGGGAGAGAAUCAUGUCGAGGAGAUGCGGCGGGGAGUGUGAGUCCGUUGCCCCGCAGCAACACGCCUGGACGUGUCGUGAAGACGCGGCAGGAUGCCGGGGAGCGACGCCACGUAGCCCGGAGCGUGUGCGGCGCUCGCCCGCUAGUAGAGACGGCCACCCGGGGUUCGUCAUCACGGACUGCCCCACUGACCGCAAUCACGGUCACGGCGAGACCUCCCUCCACGGUCCUGGCGUUGGCGUGACGAGCACGCUACGCCACCGGGAAUUCCUCCGGAGCAGGAGGGACUUAAGCAGCGGACAACCGAGCGUCUCCACGCCGGCGGCGGCCAAGCGGGACCGCCGCCGUCCUCCCCUGCAGCGGCUCACGCAGGGCAGGACCGGGGUGGUGAGGCUGGCUCGCACGGAGCCUCCCCGCCGGGAGGCGUGGGCCAUCUUCCCGCAGGGGUCAGAGCCCAAGCCGGGGGAGGGACACCGGUUCGACGCCAAGGCUGUGACCCAGGAAUGGUGCGAUGCAUGCAGCCGCCAGAUCACCGCCCGGGCCCUGCAGUGUCUCAACUGCACCUACACCUGCCAUCUGGAGUGCGAAAGACACGUGCAGCUCGACUGCAACCGGAGGACCGAAGAGGCCAAAGAAACAACUUUUUCCAGAAGCCAACGCUCCACUGCGGAACUGAAAAAAAGCGAGGCCAGGGAGGAAGAAGAUGGAGGAGCGAAGGACCUCCCUGAGGAAGACGUGCGCGCCAGGAUAGACGAGUACAACUCCCGAGUGUCCGAGAAUGGCAUGACGCUGGCGUCUGACGGCUCCUACACGGGUUUCAUCAAGGUCCACCUCAGGCUCAGUCGGCCGGUCACGGUUCCGGCCCUGGACGCCGGCAGCCCCGUGGGGGUUUCGGGAGGAGGCCCCGACGGAGCGCCUUCAGAGGGCCAAGACUGCGUCCAGGGCGAGGACCGGACGUCCUUCUACCUGCCGUGCGACUGCGUCAAGCAGCUGCACAUCAGCUCCGCCACCACCACCGGGGAGGUCAUCCAGGGCCUGCUGAAGAAGUUCAUGGUGCUGGACAACCCUCGCAAGUUUGCUUUGUACCGCCAGACGCACCGCGACGCUCAGGAUCUGUUCCAGAAGCUUCCUCUGUGCGAGCGUCCUCUUCUUCUGAGACUCCUGGCAGGACCCGACCCGCAGACGCUCAGCUUCGUCCUCAAGGAGAAUGAAACUGGAGAAGUGGAGUGGCAUGCGUUCUCCGUCCCGGAGCUGCAAAACUUCCUGGUCAUUCUGGACAAGGAGGAGUCUGAGCGCGUGCGAGCGGUGGAGUACAAAUACAGCGUGUACAGACGCAGACUGCAGCACGCUCUGCAGCACCAAGAACAGCACCUUGACCCCUGACCCCUGACCUCGGGCCACGCGAGGUCAACGCAGGGAGAGACUAAAACGCGAUCCCAAGAGUUUGGAGACGAAGACCUCCUUUCUCCGCAUGUCCACACCUUCUCAGGACGCACAGCAACCCUCAGGCGGCCAUCUUGGGUAGGGCGUUUGGAGACUCUGCAAGGGGACAAGGAGCCGACCUUCUUCUUCUUCUCCUCCUCCUCCCGCUCAUAGAACCUUCCAGGCCUCAGGAUGCCGAGCAGGAGGCACAAUCAGACGCGCAGGAACAAGGUUUCUCCUGCCUGAGGAUUGGGGAGUGACACAGGUGCAAGGAAAAGAAAACGAUCAUUUAUUUCCUUGCCAUUUCAUCCCACAGGUCACAUGACCAACCUCCGUAAGUGUCACAUGACCAACCUCCGUGUCACAUGACCAGCCUCCGUAAGUGUCACAUGACCAACCUCAGUAAGUGUCACAUGACCCACGAAGCCUUUCACAACCUCCUUUUUUGAACGCAGAGGGUUUUAAAUGUUUAGACGGGUUUUACCACAGCGAUGUGCGAUACCGCCGAUUUUCUUACCGAUGUGAUACCAAGUAAAAUUCAGGCUGGCAUCGAACUUGUCUGAAGUUGUGUGUCUUAACAGAUUAUCUGAAAAAACAACAGUAAAAUGUAGGAAAAAAGAGCAAAGAAUGUCAAAUUUAAUGAGAGAAAGGUCAUUUUUUGGGGGGGAAUAACAAUAAUAGUAAUAGUUAUAAAAAUGCUUCCCCUCCUUAAAAUGUAAACACAAUUUAGUUGGUUGAAAAAAUUGAUAAAAAAUUUAAUAAUACUAUUUAUAUGAAUUAAUUUGACAAAUGACAACAAUAAUAAACAUUUGAAUGUGUUAACAUUUUCAAACAGGCAGAAUAAUAUUCAAUUAAUCAACUGUAUUAUUAUUAUUAUUUUCAGUUAUUAUAUGGGGGGAAAAACAUAAAAAAUGUAAGAAAAAAAGAGCAAAAAAAAUUCAUAUUUAAUGAGAAAAAUAUGCAUUUUUUUAGACUAACUAUAAUAAUAAUUUUUAUUAUUAUUAUUCAAUUAAAAGUAUAAAAAUGCCCAACAAAAUAUGAACACAAUUUAGUUGGUUGAUGAAAAAAAUGAAAUAAUACAAAUUUAUGAAUUAAUUUGACCAAUGACAACAAUAAUAAACACUUAAAUAUGUUAAUAUUUUCAAACAGGCAGGAUAAUAUGCAGUUAAACAACUAUUAUUUUUUUAAAUUAAUUAAUUAAUGUUGUAUUAUUUUAGACAACGUUUGAAUAACAGACUGUAGGGAAGAGAUUCACACGGCCCCAUGAGUUGAUCAUUUGGCAAUGCAGUCUGCUGAAAAUGACUGAAAGCUCCACUCUCCAUAGCGACCGUGGUCAAAGUUGGAAUCGUCACAAAACUGCAUUUCAACAUAGUCAACAGUCUGCUGCCACCUGGUGACGUAAGCGGAUCACGCGCCCCCUCAAUUGGUCACGUUUCAUGUGUCAGGUAAAUUGCAACGAAUGGCAGCAUAUUAAUCCUAAUUUACUGUUAAUAUGAUAUCAAAUAUUUUUGAUAAUAUAGAAUAUCCACCUAACCGCGGACAUAUCGAGCAUAAAAUUAUAUUUUACUUGGUAUCAUUACUGUUGAUAUUUGUAUCGACCUGCCCUCCUUUUGUUUACAUUCAAAAAUUCUAGCUUCGCGGUUAGCAUACGUCCUCUUACCGCAUGUGGUGCAUGGUUAGCUAUUCCUGCUCCUCGGGGGAAGAUACUUAGAAGAAACGUUGUUUAUUCGCCGCCGCGGAGGUGCGGGUUUCUCACUCGGAGGUGGCUUUGCACUGUGGGGGGACGUUAGCCACGCGUUGUCACGACAGUGUUUAAAAGAUUUGUAACGUUUGUAUCGUCUGGAUCGCACAACCCUAUGGUAGGGAAGGUGUUUAUUCGCCCCCGGGUGGAUCUCGCGUAAGAGGAAGAGUGGGUAAGGGGUCGAUCAUUUUGCAAUGCAGCCUGCCGAAAAGGAUGGAAAGCGCCAACUCGACUUUGCAACUGACGCCACGGUCAAAAAACACAUUUUAGGAUAUUCAACCCCUCCCCAAAUUUGUCACGUUUCAUGUGUCAGGUAAAUUGCAACAAAUGGGAGCAUACUAAUCUCCUUCCUAGCGUACAUGCUAAAUUACGGUUAAUAUGAUUUCAAAAAAGAUUUGUAACGUUUCUAUUUUCUGGAUCGCACAACCCUACGGUAGGGAAGGUGUUUAUACGCCCCCGGGUGGAUCUCGCGUAAGAGGAAGAGGGGGUGAGGGGGUCGAUCAUUUUGCAAUGCAGCCUGCUGAAAAGGAUGGAAAGCGCCAACUCCACGUGGCAAGUGACGCCGCGGUCAAAAAACACAUUUUAGGAUAUUCAACCCCCGCCCCACCUCCCCAAAUGUGUCACGUUUCAUGUGUCAGGUAAAUUGCAACGAAUGGGAGCAUACUAAUCUCCUUUCCUAGCGUACUUUCUAAUUUACGGUUCAAAUGAUAUCAAAAAAGAUUUGUAACGUUUCUAUCGUCUGGAUCGCGCGACCCUACGGUAGGGAAGGUGUUCAUACGCUCCCGGGCGGAUCUCGCGUAAGAGGAAGAGGGGGUAAAGGGGUCGAUCAUUUUGCAAUGCAGCUUGCCGAAAAGGAUGGAAAGCGCCAACUCGACGUGGAAACUGACGCCGUGGUGAAAAAACACAUUUUAGGAUAUUCAACCCCUCCCCACCUCCCCAAAUUUGUCACGUUUCAUGUGUCAGGUAAAUUGCAACGAAUGGGAGCAUACUAAUCUCCUUUCCUAGCGUACAUGCUAAUUUACGAUUAAUAUAUCAAAAAAGAUUUGAAACGUUUCUAUCGUCUAGAUCGCGCAACCCUACGGUAGGGAAGGUGUUCAUACACUCCCGGGUGGAUCUCGCGUAAGAGGAAGAGGGGGUAAAGGGGUCGAUCCUUUUGCAAUGCAGCUUGCCGAAAAGGAUGGAAAGCGCCAACUCGACGUGGCAACUGACGCCGCAGUCCAAAAUUUUUUGGGGGGAUAUUCAACCCCUCCCCUUGCCCUCCUCCCCAAAUUUGUCACGUUUCAUGUGUCAGGUAAAUUGCAACGAAUGGGAGAAUACUGAUCUCCUGCCUAGCGUAUAUGCUAAAUUAUGGUUAAUGUGAUAGCAAAAAACAUUUGUAACGUUUCUAUCGUCUGGAUCGCACGACCCUACGGUAGGGAAGGUGUUCAUACACUUCCAGGUGGAUCUCGCGUAAGAGGAAGAGGAGAUCUCGCGUAAGAGGAAGAGGGGGUAAAGGGGUCGAUCAUUUUGCAACGCAGCUUGCCGAAAACGAUGGAAAGUGCCAAAUCGACGUGGCAACUGACGCCGCAGUCAAACAUUUUUUUUUAGGAUAUUCAACCCCUCCCUUUGCCUUCCUCCCCAAAUUUGUCACGUUUUUCUGUGUCAAGUAAAUUGCAACGAAUGGGAGAAUACUAAUCUCCUGCCUAGCAUACAUGCUAAUUUAUGGUUAAUGUGAUAUCAAAAAACAUUUGUAACGUUUCUAUCAUCUGGAUCGCACGACCCUACGGUAGGGAAGGUGUUCAUACGCUCCCGGGUGGAUCUCGCGUUAAGAGGAAGAGGGGGUAAAGCGGUCGAUCAUUUUGCAAUGCAGCUUGCCGAAAAGGAUGGAAAGCGCCAACUCGACGUGGCAACUGACGCUGUGGUGAAAAAAAAACACAUUUUUGGGUUUCGUCACGCUUCAUGUGUCAGGUAAAAUGCGACAUACCAAUCCCUUCCUACUGGAUCUUAGUCUAGUCCAAAACUCGAUUGAGAAGAGUUCUAUCGGACUGUCGGCCAUUGAGCCCCACUCCCACGGAGGACUUUUAGGGUCAGUGGUCUGACUAGAUCCUCGGACCUCGGUGUAUAAUUCUUGGGUGGAACCGCGUCGCAUCCUCACGAAAACUACGGAACGUGGCGAGGACUCUGAAAUAGUCCCGGUCACGGUUUAGGACUUCACGCUUGGGUCAAGUACCGGAACCUGUACCUCGUCCUCCCUGCUUUUGCUGUGCCGUGGAAAAUCUACUUGAGGCGGUUUGUCGUCGCCACAAAAUAUUUUUGUUGGGUUUUUAUUGGAAUGUUGUGAAAGGGAGGCUUUUCGGAGCCGAUCCUGCAGGCAGUGCCUUGGGUUUUUGGUCCCCGGGUCCACAGUAGGGAGCCCACACCUGCGUGCGCUCCUGCACGGGUGCCUCAGCGUCUGCGUGCAAAAAGGUUUGCAUGUGUGAAAAUGUUGGACUCUGAACAUUUUAUUCCCAUUUUCCCGGCGGUCUUUGUCCUUGCAACAAUGUUUGUGUGGCCGAGUUAUUUAUGAGGAGUAAAAAGAAGUGUGCCACCUAAGUGGAUGCAGGUGUGCACCUAUGUGGAUGCAGGUGUGUACUCCUGUGGAAUCUCUUCUGACUGGAAUAAAUGAAAAAUGUCUCUAAA